AUGCUGCUCGUCAUCGGGGCGGUCACGAAGGGGCACUUCGCGGCCAGCGGCGCCACACUGUCCGGCGGCAUUGCCAUCCUGGCGCUCAGCACCGCUCUCCCGGAGGAGCAGAGGCGGCUCGCCUUCUUCCUAGGCCUCCUGGGCGCGAUCGCCGGCGGGGUGCAGCUCCUCGUCUACUUCUGCAUGCUGAAGUCAUACGGCUGGAGACCAGAAGCCGGGGAACACCGGACAGUAUGGGCGUGCCAGUACUGCACGCAGCAGUUCGCGACCUUCGACGAGGCCGCGCAGCACGAGCAGGCGUGCCCGAUGCGCACCGGGCCCGGCAACGUGUCGAACAUCGUGGGCGUGCCCAUGGGCGGCGCCGUGCCCAUGCCCACGCCGAUGGGUCAGGUGGUGUCGCAGCAGGCUUACGUGCCUCAGGGCCAGCAGUACGCGCAGUACGGCAUGCCGGCGGGGACGUACGGGGGAAUGCAGACGCCCGUGCAGGCGCACCCCGUGCAGGGCACGAUCGUGGGGGGCGGCGAGCGGCCAGCCGGCUACUGA